ACACACUUGAAAAUUGCCUGUUGCCAUUCAAAGGUUCCUGGCAUGGUGAAAUAUAACCAGAUCAUUCUGGCUGCUCACCUCUAGGCUUAUCCCAGAGUCCGCAGCACUGUCAGCCUCCUGUCUUGCUUAUCUAAGUGUGCUCACCCAGGAGCCCCCCCCCCCCUUCUUGGGUAUCCUGUCUGCCUCUUCAGAGGCUGAGGUCCACUUUCCCAUGCUGACAUUCACUUCUUCAGCAGUGUUGGGGGCCUCUGAGGCAAGGGAUCUCAACCUUUGGUUUGAGGAACCUGAGAGAAAUCCACUUGGUUCUCCAACCUAGGCCCCGGCUACCUUUUCACUCAGCCAUUUUUGAAGUUUAGCAGACUUAGGAAUUAGGUAGAACGGGCUAUACAUUACAAAAAUCACCGCUGUACAUCGUAAGUGAGACCUCAUCUCUUCUCCAAUUUAAGUAGAAUUGCAAGGGCCUGCCCAGGAAAUCUUUGCAGCAGCAACUACUUUCUCCACGCGAUAGAAAAUCCAGCCACCAAAAGGCGAGCAGCAGCAUCAUGAUGCAAUUCCUACAAGUAGACACCAGGUGUCGCUGUGGGCUCGUUGUCCCGCCUACCCCCCAAUUCCAAGAACCAUUUUUUUUUUUCUCCCCCUUCCCUCUUUUUCUCUGUCUCUGACUCCCUCUCCCCCUUGGUUAGGCUUUGCCAACAUAUCAAGAUGCGUUUCUCCGGCUUCCAUCACUAACCUCCCGGAGGUCAUCAAGCCAAAUUUAUGAGUGGCCGCUCGAGUCACGUGACUCUAUUUAAGGCUCCCUUAUUUGGGAAGAGCGCAUAGGAUAAAGAAAGAGAUAUCUCCACCUAUAAAUUGUGCACUUUGGAGAACAAAAACCCCUCAACUUCAAAGAGUCACAAAUCACCCUUAAUCAAAAAGGGUGCAGAAAUUUUUUUUGGGCCCUCCCCGCCAUGAGCUCCUACGUAACCAAUUCAUUCUAUAAGCAGAGCCCCAAUAUCCCUGCCUAUAACAUGCAAACUUGUGGGAACUAUGGAUCGGCCUCAGAGGUGCAGGCAUCCAGGUACUGCUACGGCGGAUUGGAUUUAAGCAUCACUUUCCCACCGCCUGCGCCUUCCAACUCUCUCCACGGGGUAGACAUGGCUGCCAACCCCCGGGCUCACCCGGACCGCCCCGCCUGCAGCGCUGCGGCCGCUCCGGGACACGCUCUGGGCAGAGACGAAGCGGCUCCUCUGAACCCCGGGAUGUACAGUCAGAAGGCGGCUCGCCCGGCGCUGGAGGAGCGAGCUAAGAGCAGAGGGGAGAUCAAAGAGGAGCAGGCGCAGACAGGGCAACCCGCCGGACUGAGCCAGCCACCGGCCCCGCCACAGAUUUACCCGUGGAUGACCAAACUGCACAUGAGCCACGAGACGGAUGGCAAGCGGUCCCGAACCAGUUACACGCGCUACCAGACUCUGGAACUCGAGAAAGAAUUCCACUUUAACCGCUACCUCACUCGCCGUAGGCGCAUAGAGAUCGCCAACAACUUAUGUCUCAACGAGAGACAGAUCAAGAUUUGGUUCCAGAACCGCAGGAUGAAGUGGAAGAAAGAUUCCAAAAUGAAAAGCAAAGAGGCUCUUUAGAGGCAGCGGGAAAGCCCGCGGAGAGCACCCCAACCGGCUUGGUCCCUGCAACUUUCCUUUUCCGGUUUUUCUCUGUGUGUUUUGGGGUGGGGGGCAGGAGCUGGAGCUUUGGCUUCUGAGCCUCACAGACAUAAGCGCUCUUCCUUGGUAUUCUGCAUCCCCACUGACUGGGUUUCCCAGGGGCUGCCUGCUCUGCCUGUCUCCCUUCGGCUCAGCAAAGUUCAUUUAGCUCUGCAGGGCAUCUAGGGCCCAGGGCUAUCUCUGCAGAGUCAUUUCAUAGGCUAGUGCUAAACUAAACUCAACCUGGACCACCUCUCUGGUCCCCAAACCCCUGCGAGGCCCACCUGAAUUAAAGUGGGCCCAGUCUGCUGCAGGCCCCUCACCCCAACCUCCUUUCCUCUUUUGUUUCCAGCUAGGUGAACCAGAGGACCCCAGACCUCAGGCUGGCAGGUGCUUGUUACUGACAGAGUCCAUUGUCAGCCUGGGGUACUUCUUCAUGGUGACUAAGUUUAGUCUUCACUUAUUAAUGUUUGCAUAUGAAAGGGGGAGAAGACUGAUAGGUUGCCCUAUCCUCUCCACAUUUUCUUCCCCUACCCCAAAGUCGGGGAACCUCCCCAGCCCUCGCCUGCUGCAUGCCCUCUCAGGCCCGCAGCCCCAGCCGCUAGCUAGCUCAACUAUUGGGGCUUUCUGCCAUUUGGACCCUGGUGAGUGGUCCUAGAGGCUCCUUGCUGUCCCAGUUCCUGCCAUGACUUUCUUGCCCUGCUACCCCAUCGCUGUUCCCCAACUAUUUAUUGACUCCAGGUCCUUCCUGAAACUAUAUUUUGUCAUAUUAAAUAAAGACAAAGAGAGA